AGCGCCGGUACCGGAAGUAGGCUCUGAGGCGCCCGGAGUCCCUCGGUGUGGCGGCAGCGAGGGAGGGAGGCGGCGAUGCGGCGGGAGGGCGCCGAAGAAGCCUGGGCUUUGCCUCGCCGGCUGGCGUCACUCCUGCCGCGGCCUCGCUUCCUCCUCCUGGCCCUGGUCCUGGCGUGCGGCUGCGGGCGGGCGAAGGCAGGCGAGGCGGGCGCUGUCACUUGCGGCUCGGUGCUGAAGCUACUCAACACGCGGCACAACGUCCGGCUCCACUCCCACGAGGUCAAAUACGGCUCCGGGAGCGGUCAACAGUCAGUGACUGGAGUCGAAGCUUCAGAUGAUGCUAAUAGCUAUUGGAGGAUCAGAGGCAAAACGGAUGGGUCCUGCCAGCGAGGAACGCCAGUGAAGUGUGGUCAAACUGUUCGCCUUACCCACGUUAAUACAGGGAAAAAUCUCCACACCCACCACUUCCCAUCACCACUCUCCAACAACCAGGAAGUAAGCGCCUUUGGCGACGAUGGUGAAGGAGACGACUUAGACGUGUGGACAGUACAGUGCAGCGGGAUGUACUGGGACCGGGAUGAUGCAGUUCGCUUCAAGCACAUAGGAACUGAUGUCUUCCUUUCAGUGACUGGGGAACAGUAUGGUCACCCCAUCAGGGGCCAGCGAGAAGUCCAUGGCAUGCAUUCCCCUAACCAUCACAACUACUGGAAAGCAAUGGAAGGGGUUUUCAUUAAACCUAGCUUGGACUCGACAAAGCAUGAUGAGCUCUAAACAUGUGAAAGAAUUCUUAGGUAGAACCUCUCCACCAAAGCAUACAAGCUGGUCCUAUUCUGUAAAUACCAUUCUGCAUCACAAACACCUGAAAGGCAUUGAGCUAGAUUUGGAGGGCAAUGUUUUCAUGGGCACCUGUACUCUUGGGGCAUUGAGAGUGACAAGAUGUUAGCUUGGUUGUUUGGCUCCCUUCCAUUUUUGGAAGCCAUUUCCUUUUCUUCUCUCAUCUGUCCUCAUUUUUGUAAAACUCAGAGAAAAUGGUGAAUUGCCGUGUAAACAAUCUGAUCCAAAGUGCAAUAAAACUUUCUUAAGUUUUAAGUAAAUUCAUGAAAAACAUUUGCCUCGAAAACAUGUCUUUGGCAAAGGAGAUGUGUGUGGUGGGUUGGGCCUUGCAAAUCUGGGGUUUGGUAGAUAAAACACCUCUAUAAUCCGACUAAAAACAUCUCCAGUUGCGUCCUCUUCUUUUACUUUUAAGUGCCUGUUGCACGUAAUUAUUUGCUGUUAGUGUUUGUAUCCCAUGGGGGAAAUGUAGAUUUAAGUAUUUUAGAAUAAAGACCGUUUUUAAAAGUAA